AUGGCUUCCUCUGAUACUCAGUUGACGACGGGCGUGAAUGAAGUGUACGAUGAAAGAUUUGAAGAAAUCCACAAUUCAGUUGAGAACACCAUCGAAUUAUUUGAUAAUGGCAGAGGAUGUAGAUCGGUGAAAAGAGGGACAUUUGGAUGUGUUCUUGGGCAUCAUUCAUAUUCAUCCGGUAUUCAUCGUAUUCGACUCAGAUCAGACUAUGGCAUCACAUUCUUCGGUAUUCAUUCACGGAGUAAACCACUGAUACCGGACGACAUGGUAUAUGGAAAUUAUGAAUCGAACCCUUCUAUAUAUGGUUGGGGUGCAAACGGCUACGGCAUUUCGAACGGAAUGUUUGCUCAGCGUACUUUUACAAAUAAAAGCGCAGGCGUCAUUUGUUUUGUGUUGAUGCUGAACUGUGACGAACACAAAUUAAACAUCAUCAACGAAAAUACAAAUGAACGAGGUGAAUUGAAUGUUGACACUAAUCACACUCCGUUCCCAUGGUGUUUAUUCGUUCAAAUUUCCAGAAUGGGAGGUUGUGUUUCAUUGGUUCAUCCACCUUCUUUAACUUUCAAACUAUUCCUACCGAGUGCAAUGCCGAUGGCACCAUCAACCAUAAAAACUUUGGAGCAUCCGAUCAUUGACAGUGAGACUACUGAUCCUCAGUUAACGUCAGCAUUGGAACUAUGGCGUCAGGAAGCGUACCGAAUGAUCGAUCACUAUUGUGAGAAAAAAAGAGAAGAAUUUAUUGAAUUACGUCACGAACAGCAGACAGCAGUGAAACCUACCACGAUGCAAUCGAUAUUUUCCCCGCUAACAAUUGACAAUGACAAGAUUUAUUUUCGGUCGAAUCGAUCAGCGUCGAAAAAUAUCCUACCUUUUCAAAAAAUCGGUACAGAAGCUCUGCUAGAACAGAAUCACGGUUGCAUAGCGGCAAACGAACAACAUUUUCUAAUCAUCCAAGCUGAUAUUCUAUUUUUAUACAAACACUCAUGGCCACCGAUCCGUGGUCUUCCAUGGACAUAUGGCGAAAUAUAUGAUAUGUUUUGGUGUUCUGCUCUUGAUCAAUUUAUUCUGAUCAGCGAACAGCACCUCCUAGUUUUCGAUGCCAAAACAGCCCAACUUAGUCCAUUACCGCUGCCUGACAAUCCAGAAACAAUAAAUUUCUAUGGUGGUACAUGCAUAGGAAAUGUUCUAUAUUUGUUUACGUGGGGUUGGGGAUCGUCUAUACGUGUAUAUGAGAUUCGACCUAUGCUUGAACUGAAAAGAGUAUAUCAAUCUCCUUUUCCCUGCACAACCGACGAACUGAUUAUGCAUUGUACAUCGAAUUAUCAAGUAUUGGCUAUGGUUAUUAAAAACUGUCAAGAUGAAAUCUAUCUGAAUCUGUAUUCCCCAACGAACAUGGAACGAUUCUGGUCUCUAAAAUUAGACUUGGUACCUGGUCAUCGAAAUAUUCGAUGUUGUUCAGUGAACGACAAUGAUUGGAUGGUUAUUUCUCCUGAUUCAUCAUCACUAAUUCAUAUUUCUGCCGAAGGAGAGCUAGUGAACAAGAUUACAUAUGAUCCUGUGCCUUGGUACGGAAUUUCGCUGAAGAACAAUGAUAUUCUGAUUUUAUCAGACAAUACUAUGACAACAUACCGACUAUACUAA